AUGCCCACAGAUGCUGAUAAUAAACGCCAGGCUGCGCGCGACGUCAUCGAUAUUCUCGAGGACAUCUCCAAGAUUUUGAACACAAACCUAACCCGGACGGAGCUAUCUUUAUGUGUCUCCUUAAUUGAGAAUGGUGUCAACCCCGAUGCUCUUGCUGCUGUGGUUAAGGACUUGCGCAAAGAGUCGGUGAAUGUCAAUCGCAGCCAGUGA